UCUGCCCAAAUAAUGAAAUGCAACUCGAUCCCGCCGAUAUAUUCUUUAUUCCAGUUCAGCCAUAUCACUGGGCUGGAUUCCCACUCUGCAUGUGCAAUUGGCGUUGGAUGUAUGUGACCCAGGCAGGAUAAUUAUUGGUUGCUGAGCUCUCAAAUGGAACAAUAACCCUCCUCAUUAAAUCCCGAGGGUAUUUUUUCAAUGAUGCCGCGUGAUGUCAGCGCGGAGGAGGCGGAGAAAGAGCCGGAACUUGCCUUGUGUAGGGAGACUUGCAUUUGGGUAGCGCCUUUCCCUCUCACCCUCCCCAUUGAGGGAAAUGUGUUUGAAGUGCAGGACCUAGUAGCGAGGUGUAGCUGCCGGACGCGCUGACAAAACGAGGAGUGAGUUAACUGUGUGGGGGCGGAGCGGAGAGGAGAGGAGAGCAGUGAACUUCGCCGCUGCGGGGCAAUGGCCACGUGUGUACCGGUGUCUUCUCCGAUUAGCGCCGGUCGGCUGCCUAAAUGACCUUUUGAUUUCUGCAUUAUCGGAGUCCUGGGAAACCAGUGAGCAUCAUCUUUGGAAUUGUUGAACGGAUAAUCCAUUCAUUACAUCAAAGACUGACAUGUCGCUGGAAAAGCCAACACUACAGCCAGCUGUACAAGCUGCCAUCGACCUCACUUCAGGGGCAAUAGGUGGAGUUGCUUGUGUUUAUUCAGGGCAACCGUUUGAUACUGUAAAAGUGAAGAUGCAGACCUUUUCCUACAUGUACAAAAACGUGUUGGACUGUGCUGUAAAGACGUAUAAAGAACAUGGCAUUCGAGGUUUCUACCAAGGCACCACUCCUGCCCUGAUGGCUCACAUAUCAGAGAAUGCGGUGCUGUUCCUGUCGUACGGAUUUUGCCAAAGGAUGGUGAGGAGUCUAUCUGGAAUGGACAGCAAAGCAGAACUCAGUGAUAUACAGAAAGCUACUUCUGGUUCACUGGCCUCCGUGUUCGCCUCAUUGGCCAUCUGCCCAACAGAGCUGGUUAAAUGUCGCCUUCAAGCAAUGCAUGAAAUGAAAACCUCAGGGAAGCUUACAGAAGGACACCCCAGUACUGUUUGGGCAGUGAUCAAAAACGUUCUGAAAACUGAUGGUCCUUUUGGCAUGUACCAAGGUCUAACAAGCACUUUGAUGAGGGAGAUGCCUGGCUAUUUCUUCUUCUUUGGUGGCUAUGAACUGGGCCGCACUUUUUUCACACGUGCAGGCCAGACCAAAGAUGAUCUAGGUCCAAUUCCCUUGAUGAUUAGUGGUGGUUUUGGAGGUGCCUGCCUGUGGAUUGCUGUUUAUCCAAUUGACUGUGUGAAAUCACGUAUCCAGGUUCUCUCAAUGACCGGACAUCAAGCUGGUUUCUUUAAUACAUUCAGAAGCAUUCUUAGGAAGGAAGGUAUCAAAGCAAUAUAUUCUGGAUUAACACCAACAAUGAUACGUGCAUUCCCUGCCAACGGUGCACUGUUUCUAGCUUAUGAACUGAGCAGGAAAGCUAUGAUGGACUACAUGAGAAACUGAGCUGCUUUAUGGAAACAACUGAUGCCUUACUCCCAGGAAUUUGAUUGUGCUGAAUUCGAUAUAUUAGGGCCCCAUCUAAAAAAAUUAAAACUGGAUAUUUGGUAUUCUACAUGGAAGUAGCUGUGAAAGGAAUUUCUUGGCAGGAGCUGGAUUCAUUCAAAAGCAACUAAACUUUAAAUUUGAAACACUUAAUUACUGCCAAAAUUGACAUUUUAUAAAGAUUCAGAAGUAUUUAAGUUCUGAGAAGCCUUUUUCCGGUGGACAAGAGGAGCCUAAAAAUCCAGUAUCACAAAUCAAGCUGGAAGAGAAAGUGUCAAUUUUUUUAAAAUUAAGAAAUAAGACGGGCGAGUAAUAAUGAGGUAGUUAUAUUGCUACACUUGUCUGAAUGUGGAAGCUGCCAAUCCUCACUCCUGUUUCCAAAAUGAAUAAUAUUAAAAGUAACAGGAUGAUGUGUUCAAGGUCUUUAUUGUUAGGACUGUGUGUACUGUUGUUAACAAGUUCAUUGAACCCCUCGUCACAAUGAGACCCUGACCAGUUUGUCCUUAAAUGUCAGAAUGAUCAAGUACAAAGUGGAAUUUAGUCUACGAAGCUCUAGGCCAGGCAAGCAAGAUGCCAAAUACAGUUUUGCAUUGAGAAGCACAACUAAUCACUUCAUUCAAAAAAUAUUACA